GCCGCCGCCGUCGCUGCUGCCGAAAAGAAAGCCAAGCCAGAAUGCCAAAGGUGACCUGAUGUGACCAAGUUAAUGGUGCAGCUGGAAAGUGAAUGCAAUCGCGAUGGGUGUUUAGGUUUUAAGCUUCUCGCUUAACAUUGGGCCAGCCACGAAAAUUGUGUGAUUCGGCAAAAAGAUCCAUCAUGAAAGUGGUAAAGUAGUUUAUCUUAGCUAAUCACCGUCAUAAGCGUGAGUCGUUUUUAAAGCCCACGAGCCGUAGUACGCUACGCUUUUUUUUCGCCGGGUGCGGUGCCCACGGCAACGGAACGAGACUGUCGCAUUUCAAUUAACAAAAUAAGCAAAAGAGCCACAGAGCCACAGAGCCAACACCAGUGUACGCAUAUACGCAGAGAUAUAGAUACAUAUAAAAACCCCUUAUAAACGCACAGUGCGGAUUGCGGUGCGAUUUCGCCGCGAAUUUUUGCACGUGCCACGCGCUGAUUGGAAUCGCUGUAUCUGGCUAUCUGGUCAUCUAAUCUGGUCAGCAUGUCCAUGCCGGAAGCCGGUCAGCCCGACGGGCAGCCCGCCGGCCAGGAGGUCGAGUGCCAUUGCCUGCUCGGCGAGCGGCCGGAUGCCCCCUAUGCCAGCACCACGCUGAGGUCCACCACUUCCGGUCACAGCAGCCGGACGAACAGCACCACCGUCUGCGAGUCGCCGGGGGCGGCGUCCUCGAACUCCUCCUCCGAGGAAGAUGACCUCGAUUGCUACCUGCGGGGGCCGACAAGCGACCUUGGGGAUGCCGGCCUGCGCUACUCCUUCAAGGGAUCCCCGCCAGAGCUGUACUCGCCCAGGAAGGACUUCAUCUCAAAGGGACCGCUGCUGGACAAACAGCUCGUGCUGAAGAAGCGGUGUGAGUGGUGGUUGUACAGGUACGAGUGCAGCCAGAAGAUGUCCACCCACUGGAGGCAGCAUGCCUGUCUGUAUGCCUGCAUCCUCGGCUUCCUGCUGGCCAUGUCGGUAGUCUUCUAUUUCGGAAUGCCAAGUGCCUACACAACCCUGGAAGAGCUGCCCGGCAGCAACCACUCGCUCGCCCUGCCCAAUGUGAUUAGCAUACCUCCAGCUCCACCCACGAAAUUCGAUAAUGAUUCAUUGCCGUACCCAAAUCCGCCGGAUAGAGUCGAGGAUCUGGAAGAGGAGGACCACAGCGCCUUCGUGACGCCCACCAAAGUCUACAACUACAGUCUAAGCGAAGGAGAUCUGAUCUACGAGUCGAAACGAAAUAGCGAUAUCAACAGUUUUCUUAAAGAAUCUGCCUCGGCCUUCACCAUGACGGGAACCUAUCGCAACAUGAGCAAUGAGAUCUGGGACCCACAUCCGCAGUACAACCUCGAUGUGUUUGGGCGCCAGUUGCAUUUGGUGUUGCGGCAGGACGCCUCCUUCAUCCACAACCAGUCGAUGCCCCGCAUCCGGGUACUAGCCGAGGGGGAGGAUAGCCCUGGCUCGGAGGAGGAGACGGACCAGAGGCACCUGAGUUGCAUGUACAGCGGCUACGUGGAGGACGAUCCCCACUCGGCGGUCUCCGUCUCGCUGUGCGGCGGCAUGACUGGUUAUAUCAAAACCAGUUUCGGCGCGCUCCUCAUCGAGCCGGUGAACCGGACCAGCAGCGAUGAGGUUUUGCACCGGGUCUAUAGGAAGUCGCACCGCAACGCCAGACAGGCUGUCUCCCAGUUCGAGUUGGGCCUGGACGCGAUGAUCAGCCAGAUGGAGAAGGCGCAGAGGCUGCAGGAGGAGCAGACCACCAAAUCCCCCAAGCUGACGCGGCGAAAGCGACACUACGCCGACGUGGACAACCAGGUGUAUACGCUGGAGGUUCUGAUAGCCGUGGACUCCAGCAUGGAGCGGUUCCAUGGCCAGGACCUUCAGCCCUACAUCUUCAUCCUGAUGUCGAUCGUCUCGAGUAUCUUCGCAGAUGCCAGCAUCGGCAACUCGAUUCGCAUAUCCCUGGUGAAGCUGAUCCGCCUGCCCAUUGUCAACACCAAUACCAAUUCCAGUAACGAUAUGCUGAAGCACUUCUGCCAAUUCAUCAAUACCUAUGGCUACCGAAGGGACACAGCCAUGCUGAUCACACGUGAACCCAUCUGCGGCAGCGUGCCGGGCAAGAUUUGCCACAUGCUGGGCCUGGCCGAGCUGGGCACCGUUUGCAGUGCCAGUUCCUGCUCCAUUGUCCAGGACACCGGUCUGCCCACCGCCUUCACCAUGGCCCACGAACUGGGACACAUCUUGAACAUGAACCACGACGACGACGACAAGUGCAUGCCCUAUGUGGCGAGGAACAACAACAACAACAAGGUGCUGCACAUCAUGUCCGCCGUGAUGGGCAUCCACAUGCAUCCGUGGUCAUGGUCGAAGUGCUCCCGCCACUUUGUCUCCGAGUUUCUCGAAAAAACCGACAAGUCCUGCCUGGAGACCUUUGUGGGCGAGGACAUCGACUACGGCAACAAUAAGCUGCCCGGCGAGAUCUACUCGCUGGACCAGCAGUGCCAGCUAAGCUUCGGCAACGACUUCUCCCACUGCCCCCAGACGGAGGAGUGCCGCCGGCUGUGGUGCAAUCGCAUGCCCAAGGGCGACCAGUGCCGGUCCAGCAACUUGCCCUGGGCCGAUGGCACGCCCUGCGGCAGUGGUGGUCACUGGUGCCAGAGGGGCAAGUGUGUGUCCAACAAGCAUGGUUACGGUCGUCCGGUGAACGGGGGUUGGGGUCCCUGGACCAAGUUCACACCCUGCAGCCUCACCUGCGGCGGCGGAGUGCAGGAGUCGCGAAGGGAGUGCAACGUGCCGGUGCCCGAGAAUGGUGGCAAGUACUGCACGGGAAGCCGGAAGAAGUACCGCUCGUGCAACACCCACCAGUGCCCGCCGGGCAGCAUGGAUCCCCGCGAGCAGCAGUGCUAUGCGAUGAACGGACGGAACCUCAACAUUCCGGGCGUCAACCCAGACACCAAGUGGGUGCCCAAAUACGAAAAGGAUGCCUGCAAGCUCUUCUGCCGCAUGGACAUGAGGGUCACCUACUUCAUGCUCAAGAGCAUGGUCACCGAUGGCACCUCCUGCGCCGUGGACAGCUUCGACAAGUGCGUCAAUGGAAUCUGCCGGCCAGCGGGUUGCGACAACGAGCUGAACUCCAUUGCCAAGUUGGACAAGUGCGGCGUGUGCGAGGGUCGCAAUGACACAUGCCACGAGGUAACCGGAAACCUGCUCGUCUCCAAUCUCCUGGGUCUGAACGAUGGGAACGAAGCCAACAAGACACUCUACUAUGUGACGAGAAUACCCAAAGGUGCCUCUAACAUCUUAAUCACUCAAGAAAACUAUCAUGACCAGAACUACAUAGUGCUGAGUGAUGACAAGGACAACAAGUUGCUCAACGGUCAUGCAGGCAUCAAAACAUAUCCUCUGAAGUUUGUGUACGCUGGUGUUACGAUGCAGUACACUGGCUCCAACAGCUUGGUGGAGCAGGUGAACACGACCUACUCAUGGAAAUUGUCUCGUGAUCUUAUAGUUCAGAUCAUUUCCCUUGACGUGAGUCCUGCCAAACGUCCUGAUACCGUACUGAUGUCGUACUCCUACACCAUCGACAAGACCCCGGAUAUGGAUGCGGAGGUGGAGAUCUAUCGCUGGGAAAUGCAGGCACCCAGUACCUGCGACUCGCUCUGCGAGGGCAGGAGCCAUCGGCAGCCGGCCUGCAUUAGUAUCACCCAGGGUCUGAAGGUUGCCCCGCAGUUCUGUGACAAGUCCUCCAUGCCCAAGGUGGAAGAUCGACCCUGCAACACGGACUGCCGUCUUAAUCUCACUGUGACGAGCAUUUCGGAGUGCUCCGCCGCCUGUGGAGAGUUGGGAACCCGCGAGAAGACCUUCCACUGCGUUCAGACAUUCACAGAUAUGCAGCGUUCGAAUAUUGUGGACAUGUCCUAUUGCAAGCUGAAGUUCGAUGUGGCCUACCACGAGGAGUGUCGUGAGGGUUGCUGGGUCCUAUCAGACUGGUCAACGUGCUCGAAGUCCUGUGGAACGGGCUCUCAGAAACGAGAGGCCCACUGCUAUCUGCACGGCUCCCGCGUCAGCGACGAUCUGUGUAAUCCCCGAACCAAGCCCCAGGUUACGAAUCUCAUCAGGGUCUGCAACCCUGAGUCCUGCCCCUCAUAUUACGAAGAACACACUGCCGUGGCUGUUAGUAACUGGGUAAUUGGCGAGUGGGGCGAGUGCAAUGACUGGUGUGAGAAGACCCGCUCUGUGAGUUGCUCGCAUCCCUAUGGAAUCGGCUGCGGAAGGAACAGGCCCAAGGACGUCCGCAAGUGCUGCCACAUCAAGUACACCAGCGAUUGGACAGAGUGCUCGGUGCAAUGUGGCGAGGGCGUCAAGCGGAAGAAGCAGAGCUGCACGCGGGUGUACAAGCCCGAGGUUCCCGGUACUCGAAAGCGGAGAGUUUACAUCGACGAAUCCUUUUGCAUAAGCCGAAAGGUGAACCGUCCCAAACUGAGAACCACCACCAAGUCCUGCCGCAUCAACUGCAAGUGGAAUGCCUCGGACUGGCGAAGGUGCUCCGCGGACUGCUCGGAGGAGUACCAAACCAGGGAUGUGCGUUGUGAAACGUGGCAGGGCGAUGGAGUGGAGGACAGGCACUGCGAUGCCAAGAAGCGUCCCUCCAAGCGACGCAUCUGCCACCACUGCGUGCGAAGGCAGUCGAAGAUUGUCUCACCGUGCAACUGUGAGGGCGUGGAGAGGAGAAGGGAUAUCUGCUACAACUCGCACAAGGGUCGCAUUCCCUGUCCCACCCGCACCAGGGUGGAAAGGCACCGGUGCACUCCGCCAGCCCACUGCCGCAGGCGGAGCGCCACCAGCAGCAUCAGCAGCAGGCCCAGGAGCGGUGGUGGCGACAUGUCUAACAGCAGCACCAGGAGCUUGAAUGCCCUCGGCGAUCAAAGGCAGCAGGGAAGAGCUGCAAGGAGCUGUGCCGAGCUGAGGGAUCUUUUCGGCUAUAACCAGGAUGGCAACUACCAACUGGAGGUGAGAUCGCGUAUGGUGCACGUCUACUGCCACGCUAUGGGCACCAGUAGACCCGUCGAGUACCUGAACGUGGAUCCGCAGGAGAACUACUCCAUCUUCUACGAGUACCGAACGAAGCAGACCACCAGUUGUCCGCCGGAGUCACGUGCCCACGAGUACUACAACGACCAGAACUCCGGACGGACGCACUUCAGCAAGCUGCGACUGAACAUCACGGAUCUGCGGAUCGUGGACAACGACUUUCAGUUCGCCGAAACGAGGGGUUUACCCCAGAAGCUGGGCUCAGCGGGUGAUUGCUACAACCGCAUUGGCCAGUGUCCGCAGGGUGACUUCUCCAUCAACAUGAAGAACACGGACUUCACCAUACGCCCAGGAACGCAGUGGAAGACCCAUGGUCAAUACUCUGUCAUGAAGCGUAUCAGUGAGUUCGACACCACAUCGGUGAUGCGGCGGGGAUUCUGCGGAGGAUACUGCGGCGGCUGCUACAUUGCUCCCAAUUCUGGCCUUUACCUGGACGUGUUAUGACUGAAGCCACUGACUAGUCGGCGGGAAAGUUUCUUUGACCUUCCCACGGUAAUCGGGUCUACGUCCCGGGAAGGACUAAGGGUCAAGUUAAUCCGAAAAUUCGAGGAUUACCCCAGCCAAGCAUUACCACGAGUCCAUUACCAAGAGUCCCCAAGGGUCCGACAGCCGAGCGCAACGCCAUAACCACUGUCGAUGGUUACAAGUAUUCUCGAAUAUUAGUUAGGAUAUACAUAUCAACCUUAGGAAUCGCGUCGAAGUAGCCCGAACAAAAGCAAUACGUUUGUACAUAUAAUCAUACAUUUCCCUGCGAAAUUAGAAACUAGAUAUUAUUGCCAUGUAAUGUAUUAAGUAUUGUAAAUACUAGAGGACGUGAGCCUUUAACAUAGCAAAUAGGGGGUCAUGUCCAUGAAUUACCCAAUCAUUUUGGGAUACGGGGGUGUCGAAUUGAACGGCGAUCAAUGAUCACUUUACGUAUGGACAGCUCCUGAGUUUGAUUGACCAAAAUACAAUCCAUAAGUCGGGCGGUAGCCGUUAGCUAAGUAAGGCGGCUCAAACCAGCCCGUAUUUAUGCCAACGAUAUGCAGUGAUGGAAAGUUCCAAGGUGCUCGCUAACUAUACCUAGCUGAACUCAAGUGAUGCAUUUGUCAUAAACGUUGCAUGCAAAGUAAAUCUACUAAAUUGGCAGAUUUUUAAGCCGCCAAAAAGAUGUACAAUUCCCAAGUUAACAUACCUUACUCUCAAAUCUCCUUCACCUUGACCUAUAUCUAGGAUAGUGUAGUGCCUUUUCCAUCACUGAAGAUUCCCGAAUAUCAAGUGCUCGACUAAACUAGUGCAAUGCCGGUCUGUACAAUAAUUGUAUUAGCUUAGCUUCGCAAUAAAUUAGUUAAGAGAGAGAAAAGGCGGGAAAUUGUAUGUGUAGCUAAAACGAAUACUCAUAUUAUUUAGGACACCCCGACCGCACAAGCCAAAACCAAACUAUUCAUCUAACACUGCUGAAGAAACAUUUUGAGUUCAUUAUCCACCACUGCCAGUCUUUCAAUGUUUAAUCCAUCAUACACCUAAUCGCCUAAGUCCCGGUACCAAGUAUCCUCGCUGUAUUUUCAUUUAACUAGCUAGGCUAAGGCCCAACACCAUGUUAACAAUUAAUUUAAUGUCAAUUAAAGGAAUUUAAUGCUGUUACCAACGCAAUCUUCGUU